AUGUCAGAAAUGAAGCUGGUUAGCUUUUUAUCAGAUAGUACACCUCUGUAUGCCAUCCUGUCACCUACGGAAGGUGACAAUGAGUUCCUUUUUGAUAUCCUCUUUGACAUGGCGAAGAGCAUAUCUUUCUAUUCCAAGCUUGAAGCAGCAGCGCAGCAAUUUGCUAGAGAAAAUCCCAGUAUCAGCAGUGCUGGGCUGUACGAGGCAUUAAACUCUAUGUAUGCCAGCUAUCAAGAUGCGACUCUAUGCUACACAUAUCUUUCUGAUGUACCAACAAAUGUUAAUACCAAAUAUCCAGAUUCUGAAUCUGCGUGCAGCAGAUGGUUUCUACUCGGUUUCACUCUCCAGGAACCGUUAGCACCGAAAGAAGUGAUCUUACUUCCCUCCGAGUGGAAGGUGUUAGAGAAGAAGACUGGCUUAUAUGAGAUAUUAACCAAAAUCACAGGUACUGGUAUUGAAUACCUUUCUCACCAAGUUCCUCUCUCUUCUACUUCAAUCACCAAGCGAAUGUCCUGGAUGGCAAAACGACAGGCAUCUCGCCUGGAAGACAUGGCAUAUUGUCUGCUAGGAAUUUUCAGUCUGGAUAUGCCCUUACGAUACGGCGAACGAGAUCGGGCAUUCAUCCGUUUGCAAGAAUAG